AUGAUCCCAAUAGUGCGCAUGGCAAUAAAACAUGUGAAUACAUGUCCCAAAACACUGGUGAACUAUGAACUGCAAAUGGAAGUCAAAGACGUCAAGUGUCAAGACCCCGAUGCAAUCCACGCGUUCACUGAGUUCAUUCGAGAGGAGAAGAAGAAAAUCAUGAUCUUAGGACCUGGUGGCUAUGGCGGGAGCAAACCCAGCUCUAUCAUGCGCGAAGAUCUUUUCAACGUUCAUGCACACCAUACCACCCGAGCAUUUUCAAAACCAGGGAAGAGUGGCGAUCGUGAAACAUUUCAAAUGGAGAAGGGUGGCCAUACUGCGAGAGAAUAUGGACACUUACCAAGGACUUUCCAACGAUUUGGUCAAAAGGCUUUUCAGAAGGGGUUCUAUGGUCCUAAAGUCGUCUGGAUUCUGAUGGCGGGUGGGUACAGAGAACAAUGGUGGGGCUACAAUGAUGUGAAUUGCACCGAAGAGGAACUUUGCAAGGCGCUCGGGAACUACCUUAGUACCGAGGCGUUGAUGAUUGGAAAAGAUAAUCAGGAUACGAUCGCCAGAAAGACCACAGAAGAACUCAGAGCUGAGUACAGGGCAGAGCUGUCCAAGACUCCUUACAAAGAGACCAGCCGUCACGCCGCCUUUGCUUAUGACGCUGUUUGGACCAUAGCCCUUACUUUGCACAAGUCUAUCUCAGCACUUCAACAGCAAAACGAAACCAGAAACAUGUCAUUGGAAGACUUUGACUACAAUAAUACUGCUAUGAGGAAGACAUUCAUGAAGGUUGCAAAAGGGGUAUCAUUUCAGGGAAUGUCUGGCUUGGUACAAUUUUACAAGAACUCUGAUAGGCUAAGCUUGCUUAACAUUGAUCAGCGUCAACGUGGCGAAAUGAAACGAAUUGGAACUUAUGACAUGAAAAGGAAAGUCAUCGUAGUCGAUAAGAGCCAAACAGCGCAGUGGGAAGAUAAAAAGGUUCCAGCCUGCACGAUCCAAAAAAUCCUUGAGCCACGGUACCUUCCCAAGAGUAUGGUAUUUACCAUGGAUGGAUUGUGCGUGCUCGCGAUCCUCUUUGCGGCAGGGUUCUUCUUUUUCAACUUUAAGUACCGAAAUGUCAGGUAUAUUCGAAUGUCCAGCCCGAAUAUGAAUAACAUUAUUAUUCUGGGAUGUGUUUUGAUCUACAUUUCUGGAAUCCUUUUCGGCAUUGACGCUGAAAUUGUCUCAAAGAAGACCCACGAGAGAGUGUGUCAGACUAGUGCAUGGACGGCAUCAUUUGGAUUUACCAUGGCUUUUGGUGCCUUAUUCUCUAAGACAUGGAGGGUUCAUCGCAUUUUUAUGAACAAACUUAAAAAAACGGUGAUCCUAGACUACCAGCUUCUCAUUGUGGUAAUUCUUCUCCUAAUGAUCGACGCCUGCGUCCUUUCCACCUGGCAAAUACUGGACCCUAUAUAUACCACUUCUAAGACCUUCCCAAGUCCGAUUGACCAAGACGCUGACAUUGCCAUUUACCCAUACCAGACCUUCUGCACUUCAAAAUAUGAAAACUUAUGGACAGGUUUGCUAUAUGGUUACAAAGGCUUCUUUCUGCUAUUCUGCACCUACCUGGCAUGGGAAACUCGCAAAGUCCACAUGCCAGCGCUAAACGAUUCCAAGCAGAUCGGCUUUGCUGUGUACAAUGUGUUCAUUCCUUGUGUCAUUAUCAUUCCUACACUGAACCUACUGAGGAGUCACUGUGAUGCAGUGUACUUGUUGAACACUUUGCUGUGCCUUUUCUCAGAGAUCUGA